AUGAAAUUCGGACUUCUAACAUUAGCCCUCUCCGGGAUUGGCCGAGCUCAAAAUUCAACCUUCCAAAACCCAAUCAUUAGCGGCUUCAAGCCGGACCCGAGCUGUAUUUUUGUUCCAGAAUUGGGCAAUACCUUCUUCUGUGCUACAUCUAGUUUCCUCGCCUUCCCUGGUUUAUCCAUCCACGCAAGUCGAGACUUGGUUCACUGGAAACAUGUUUCCAACGCAUUCAGUCGAGCAGAUCAGCUGCCAGGUCUAGCUUUUCUGCCAAAGGCAACCAGCGGCAUUUAUGCCCCCACGUUGCGCUUCCAUGAGGGCAACUUUUACCUUCUAUGCACUCUUGUGAAUCAGCAACUCCCGAGAACCAACGAUAGUCGUUGGGACAACUUCAUCCUCACAUCGACAGAUCCCUACAGCUCAGACUCCUGGUCAGAUCCGGUCCAUUUCAGCUUCCCUGGUUUCGACCCGUCGCCAUUCUGGGACGAUGACGGCAAGACGUACGUCUCGGGUGCGCACACAGCCGCAUACUAUCCAGGAAUUAUGCAUGCGCCGCUCAACUUGGAAACCGGCGAAAUCGGAGACAUCAUCAUGCCCUGGAACGGUACCGGCGGGCGCUCUCCCGAGGCCCCUCACAUCUGGAAACGUGAUGGAUGGUACUAUCUGCUCCUCGCUGAAGGCGGCACACGCGAAAACCAUAUGGUCACAAUGGCUCGAUCAAAGAGUCUAAAGGGACCAUACGAUCCAGCGCCGGGAAAUCCACUGUUGACUUCUGCGAAUGACACCAGCUCCUACUUCCAAGCUGUCGGGCAUGCUGAUCUAUUCCAGGAUGCGGAUGGAAAUUGGUGGUCUGUCGCACUGGCAGUUCGGGCUGGCGGCACCUAUGGCCAGGAUCCUGGGGCAUACUUUGGCAACCUGCCGAUGGGAAGAGAGACAGUGCUUACACCCGUCACCUGGGAAGAGGGUGAGUUUCCAGUCUUCACGCCGGUCACUGGCGACGUCUCUGGCUGGCCUCUACCCAUGGAAGCUAUACCAGAAAAGGGAGAAGGUCAACUCAGCGACGCGGACGAUACCAUCACCUUUCCGCCGGGAAGUAAUUUGCCCAUUCACAUCAUCCACUGGCGUCUUCCAAAGGCCAGAAACUAUGUAGUCUCGCCACCGGGUCAUUGGAACACAUUAGCGCUGAAGUCUUCCGUCCUGAAUCUCACAGCUUUCGACGCCGACUUUGCCUUGGGUCGUGGUCAGACUUUCGUCGGACGACGGAUGGCUCACUCACUCUUCAAAUUCCGCGUUGAGGUCGACUGGGCAAAGUCACUAACAAAGGAAGAGAUGGAGGUCGGUGUCUCAAUCAUACAAGAUCAAGCACAGCACUUUGAUCUCGGCAUCGUCAUGCUGAGGCCGGAGGGAAGCGAGGAUCUCCGACCGCACCUUAGGUUCCGUGGUAUUUCGGAAACGCCGUACAGGGCGACUGAACAUCCGCCGAACGAGGUUUACCCUUUUCCCGACGGCUGGGCCGGACAGAAGAUUGCUCUCCAGAUUGAGGCAGUAAACAGCACUCAUUUCACAUUCUCCGCCGGUCUGGCUGGUCCCAGGCAAGACUCCGAUGUCAGAGUUUUCGGGCAUUGCAAGGGUACUGAGUUGGUCCCUUAUUACUCUGGUUCCGUUGUAGGCGUUUACGCGACAUCUAACGGGAAGCAUGGAGAGCAGGCUUUCGAGACUUACAUCUCCAACUGGCAGUACAAUGGAAUCAGACAGCUCAGGAGCCAGCAGGAUGUCGAUGAUGCCGAUAGUUCUAGGGCUUAG